AUGAUUGUCGACCGCGCCCGUGAACAGAUGAGUAGGCAACGACGGCCCCCCAUAACUGGCUCGCCGUCGAGUGUGGAGGCUAUUUUGAAUGAGGAUAUCAUUCGGUUUUGUGGUGAAAAUGUCGUAAUGUUUUCGUCACUGGAACGUCUCCAACCAAGAGUUUCCGAUUAUGAUCCAACCAAAGUCACGCGCUUGAGGAUUUUUAACAAAUUUACAGUUUACUAUGGAAUCCAUUUCUGUAAUGGAACUGCUUCGAUGUCUGUCAAUAGUGGCUUUUCAGUAAUCGUUCAAAAAACGCAAUCGCCCGCAACGUGCUUGCAAAGUCCGCAGCAGGGGAGUCACCGGCCACCGUGCUUUAUCCCAAAGCACGCGGUCUCCGCCUCUGGCGCUCUCUGGGUUACAGUAUCUCGUCACGUUCAAGCCUCCUACUCAUUUUAUUCCUCACCCAUGUUCAAAGCAAAUUGA